AUGAUUGCAAAGUGUGUUCUUCUAGCGCUCCUGGUAACCUUCGCCAGUGCUUCACCUGUUACCCAGGACAAUGGUCUGGUCAACUAUCGUGAGGCCCUUGACAUGUUCCUCGACGCCUGGAAGAAGAUGUUGCCAUGUGGCUUUGCUGCCGACAAUAUCCCAGUCUUGGCUCCACUGACUCUCGAUUUCUACGACUUCAGCUACGUCAACGGAGACACUAACCUGGUGGGCAAUGUGAGCAACAUCCGCAUUUCUGGCCUCAACAACUUCCAGGUGCUCAGUGGCAGCUACAAUCAGAGCACUCUGAGCGCAACUUUUGACGUUAUGUUCCCUGCUCUUCAAAUUUUGGGUUCCUACGAAGUGGAGGGUGUUCUGAGCAUUGGCGGUCUUCCACUGCCCAUUCGCCAGAGUGUUCUGAUUAACAAGAAAAUCACUGACUGGCGCUUCGUGGGCGAAUACACCUUUGGCCAGAGCUUGACCAACUCAAAUGGACUGCGCAUCAAGGACUUCAACCUGCAAUACUUUGUGGCUGGUGUGGAGGCCGAUAACUGGGAUCAGUACAUGGAUGUUGCGGCAAACAACUAUUUAAACAGUUUCAUCAACUCAUUCUCUCUGUUGUUCACCGAGGAGAUUCAGCCUUAUGUUAACCCCAUGUUUGCAAAGUAUGUGCUGCCCUCCAUCAAUAGCCUGCUCUCUAAUCUCGAUAUGACUGAGCUGAGCAACUACUUUGCUAUGCAAGCGGAGCUGUGGAACAAUGCCGCCUGCAAUGUUAAGGCUUAA